UAAGAUAGAUAGCGUUAAUAGUAUUUAGUUAAUUAUGAUUCAGUUUCGAACUUCUGACUUUACAUUUAAGUACAUAUAAAAUCGUAUACGACAAUAUACGAAUUAGUUAUGAUUGUCAUGUCUAUGCCACAUCUUAUGUUUACGAAAGAAAUAAGAAGACUUAUUUCUACAAUGACACACAAAUGUGUUGCUAUUUGUCAAAUGAGAUCUAUAAAUGAUAAGCAAAAAAAUUUAGAAGUAGUUUCCCAAUUAAUUUGUGAAGCUAAGCAAAGAAAUGCUUGUAUAGCAUUCUUUCCAGAGGCAUGCGAUUAUAUGGCUGAAAAUAAAAAAGAAAUAAUUGAAUUUGCAGAACCUUUAAAUGGCCCAACUGUUAAUUGUUAUAAGAAACUUGCCGUCCAAAAUAAUAUUUGGUUAUCAUUGGGUGGUAUUCAUGAAGCAUUACCUGAUAAUAAAGAAAAAGUCUCUAAUACACAUAUUUUAAUUGACAAUGAAGGCAAUUUAGUAUCCAAAUAUCGUAAAAUACAUUUAUUUGAUAUGGAUAAUAAGGAAACAGGUGUACGUUUAAUGGAAUCAGAUUAUGUUGUGAAAGGAGAUGAUAUAGUACCACCUAUUUGUACACCAAUUGGCAAUUUGGCUUUAAGCAUUUGUUAUGACAUGCGUUUUGCUGAACAAUCUCUACUUCUAAAGAAUAUGGGAGCACAAAUUCUAACUUAUCCUUCAGCAUUCACAUAUCAAACUGGUGCUGCACAUUGGGAAAUAAUAUUACGUGCAAGAGCUAUAGAAACACAAUGUUAUGUAAUUGCUGCAGCACAAACAGGCGCUCAUAAUAAAAAACGUAUGAGUUGGGGACAUUCUAUGAUCAUUGAUCCAUGGGGAACAAUUCUGGCACAAUGUGCUGAGAAAAUUGGUGUAGCUGUAGCAGAAAUAGAUUUAGAUUUAUUAGCUAAAAUUCGGAAAAAUAUGCCAUGUGAGCAACAUCGUCGAACAGAUUUAUAUUCAUUAAUAAGAUGUCAAAAAUCGUGAUUUUUAUUAUAAAUUGCUUUGGUAUUUAAAAUGAUUUAUUUAGAUGAUAGGUAGAUAUUUGUACUGGAUAUAAUAGAAUUUACUACAAUGCUUUUAAAUUACUAUAAAUUAUUCAUAUUAUAUUAAUUAUGUGAUAUAAAUCGUUAAUUUAAUGUUUUUA